AUGAAUGACCACCCUACAACAGAGGAAACUGGCUUCCAUCUCGACGCUUCUCAUCUGAAUGACAGCUUUGCCGAAUUUCUUUCUCCUGAUCCCGCUACUGAUGGUGAUUCCUCGGGACUCUCCACACACGUGCAAACAAUUGCCCGCCGUGUAUAUCAGGAGUUUGAAGCAGUUCUUGAGGCGCAUGGACCGGCUGUUCUAGAACCUCUGAUGCCCAUUAUGGUUAGCGUCCUAGAGAAGCUGGACGAACUCUUCAAAGAUCAAUUUGCAUACAGAGCGGAAGUUUCGCAGCUUCGCGAAGACAAGGCUUCUCUAGUCGCUGAACUUGAACGCGAAAAAACUAAUAGGAAGGAUGCAGAGGAUCGCCUCCUGUCAGCCGAAGAUCAAUUUGAGGACGAACGUAAGACGCUCAACGAGGCACUUGCGCAAAAUGAGACCCUCAUCAAACAGCUGGAGCUGAAAAGCCAGAACGCCCUUGAUCAGCUUGCUCGAAUGGAGAAAAGAGAGGCGGACUCCUCCAAUGAGAACUCAAAGUUACACGGACGAAUAGACGAACUGCUGCGCUCCAAUCUGGAGUUGGCAGACAACUUAAAGAACGCUGUCAGCACGCCAGUACGACCAACACAACCAAAAUCACCGGCAAAUGCUUUCGAUGCGACCAGUGGAGGUGUCGGUUUUGACGAACUCUCAGUUACGGACGGGGCCGACAUUAGUCCCUGUGAUGAUGAACUAACAGUUUUACAAAGUAGUUUGACAAUUUCGAUUCGUACAACUGGUGACGGUUCACAAAAGCCCUCUUCGGCCAAAAGCGCCAUUGCGGUUCUCCUGUCUGGCUGCUAUGCCGGUCGCUUCGCUCCUGUCAAUGUCGGUUACAACUACUAUCCUCGCUAUGACGAACAGUUUCGUCAUGCAAAGUCAAAAUUCCAUUUGCACAGGCUUGUCAGACUUCUGUACACCGUAAACUAG